AUGCACGAUUUCUGCUUCACGAUCCCGUACGGGUUGCUGCUGAUCGGUGGAGGAUUAUUUGGGUACUUUAGGAAGGGGAGCACAGCUUCUUUGGCUGGAGGUGUGGGCAUUGGAUUGCUUCUCACUCUUGCCGGCUAUUUCAGUCUCAAAGCCUUUGAGAGGAAGAAGAACUCGUACCCUGCUUUGAUUCUUGAAACGGAUUUAGGCAUUUCUUCAUUGAGCAAUGCUGGAGACACCAAAAAAGUACUAAAGUUUUGGAUCCCAACUCAUAUAAAAGCAUUUCCUCUGGCGGGUAGGUGGUGCAAACUUCUAAGUUCAAUGCCAGCUGGUGUUGUUGCUGGCAUCAGUGCCCUCAUGACUGGAUUUUAUCUGUACAAAAUUGCAACUGGAGGGAACCAUAUUCCAGCCAAGACCAAGUGA